AUGUUGGGGAUAAGGUGUUCAAGGCACGACCUUGAUGUCAUUGGCAUUUUGGUCGACUGCCCAACGCCUGCGAGAUUGGCCGACCGGUUACUAUCGAAACAAGCCCAUAGUAACGGAGAAGCCAACGCUGCCACCGACGAUGAAAGAAAAUAUUUUGCAUUGGACAAGGUGAAGUAUCAUGAUGCUCUUCGCGAUUGGGGUGUUCAGUCAAGUGAAGUAGACCACUUGAUGCCUUGCACUCCGUUCCAAGAAGGAGUGUUGUCCAACUCUCUAGCCGUACCAGGAGACUCCGGCUAUCUGGGUGUCGUAAGGUUAGGACUGAAGAUGCAAUUUCAUGUAGAGGCGAUACGGCUCACAUGGCAGGAAGUGGUUGAGCGCGAAGAGACACUCCUUACUGCUUUCAUACCGAUUGCUGAGGAUGUCUCUUCGUCAUGCAUUACCUCCAGCACGUUUUGGCAAUGUAUCUUCAAAAUUAGCUCCCGUGAGGCUCACAGGCUUUUGUCUAUUGACAGACAAAACUAUGAAGUGGACAGCUCUGCUCUAGGUUUUGGCCAUAUCCCAGUCUCGUUGGCAUUGGUAGAUGUACCGACCGUGUGCAAGGCAAGGGACAGAGGCUCAACUCAACUUGAACUCACCAUAUACCACGUUCUAUAUGACGAAGCAUAUAUCCGAUGGAUUAUUCACGAACUCUCCCGAGAGUAUCAUAAAGCUCGGCUCACGAAAGACUACGUUCCCGAGUGGGCUCCUGCCACAUCGGUGAACAGGAUACCUUUUAGCAUAUUUGUUUCUCAGCUGCAAGCAAUGCUAAAAGAGAGUGCAACCUCAUUUUAA